AUGCAAGCCAAAAAAUGGAUUAAUUUAGGGUUUAAUCCAACUGAUUAUGAAGUAGUAUCUUUUGUUAAAAAUAAACUGGAUUAUAAUGCGGAAGAUAUACCGAUUGGUAACAGCAAUCUAAAAACAUUUAGCCUAAACCAGCAAGAAGUCCCCUAUCCUCAAAUUCUUACAGCGGAGAAUUAG